AAUCCAAAAGGGGAUAUAAAUAAAGAAAUGGCUGAGAAGAAAGUACCCCAAAAAAAAUUAAAAAUAUGGCAAAUCAGCAAAGACUGUUCGUAUUUUUCGUGGUUUUACUUUUUGCAAUUGUAACAUACGCACAUCAUUCACAUUCAUAUUCUCAUUCACACGAGCAUCAUCAUCAUCAUCAUGGAGGAUAUUAUGGUGGAGGUUAUGGUGGAUAUCAACCAUAUUAUGGUGGUGGAGGAUAUAAUGGAUACAAUGGAUAUUAUAGGCAAAACUAUUGGGGAAGAAAGAAAUAGACAAUGGAUGCAAUUAGGAAUGACAUGACGACUGGAUUUUAUUACUGUAUUCUCUCUAUUUUAAUAAAAGAGACUAAUGGUUUAACUCUGGAAUUUUAAUUUUUUUUCAAUUAAAUAAAAUGUUUUAAAUAU